AUAGUUGUGGGCGGAUCCAGCAGCUAGCUAGCUUAUCGCUGGCAGCUUUAGCCAGGCAGGCUAGCAGUCACGGACAUGAUUCCUCCUGCUAAUGUCUGGAUUGUGUGCUGACCGAGCCGCCAGACAUGAUUUUAUGGGGACUACUAUACAAGGCCUGAGCCGAUUCAUCAGCCUUGUGUAGGUUUUGUUUUUACCCCCCAACCGUCCUCUGGGUAACUGCAGACCAUGCUGGUCUGAGUCUGAACAGAGGAAACGGAGGGAGAGAGCCUGGCAUAGUGCGUGUUUACUUGGACACAGGAAGGCUUGAGGAAGACAAGAGCAGAUACGGACCAGAGCAAAGACAGGGAAAAGACUUGAACCUUAAAUUCACAAUGUCCCAAAACAGAGAACUGGUGGUUUUCUACAUAACCUAUAAACUCUCCCAGAGGAACUAUCCUUUCAACCACAUCGGGCUCAUAGAGUCCCCAAACAGGACUGAUGGGGGGCAGGCAGGGGCGGCCGAGGAACAGCGGGUAGCGACACAUGCCAACGGGACACUCAACGGCACGAGUCCGGGCACCCCGCCGGCAUCGCCCUUGCGGCGGGAGCGGUCGGCGUCCACGACGAGCCUGGACGCGGUGAAGGAGGCCCUGCGGGACUCGGCCAACGAGUUCGAGCUGCGUUACGCCCGCGCCUUCAACGACUUGCACGACCAGCUGCACAUCACGCCGGCCACGGCCUACCAGAGCUUCGAGAGCGUGAUGGAUGAGGUGUUCCGGGACGGCGUCAACUGGGGACGCGUGGUCGGGCUGUUCGCGUUCGGCGGCGCGCUGUGCGUCGAGUGCGUGGAGAAGGAGAUGAGUCCGCUGGUGUCAAGGAUCGCCGAGUGGAUGACAGUCUACCUGGACAACCACAUCCAGCCCUGGAUCCACAGCCAAGGAGGAUGGGAACGCUUUGCCGAGAUCUACGGGCAGGACGCGGCGGCAGAGGGCAGGAGGGCUCAGGAGAGCUUCAGGAAGUGGCUGCUGGCCGGGAUGACCCUGGUCACCGGAGUCGUCGUGGGGUCGCUUAUCGCCCAGAAGCGCCUGUGAGGGGAUGACAAGACAAGACAACCCCACCUCCUUUCUCCUCAGUGCACCUCCACCCACCCUUCACGGCUUCCCUCAAUAUUCACACUAUGAAAAUCAAAUAUGAAGGAUUUAAGCACUCAUCUGUUUAUCUUGCCCUCAGUCCUCUAUCUUUGCCAAGAACUGGCGAAGACGUUUACCUUUGUUUUCCUCUCACGUGCGUCCCCAUAGCACACCAAGAAUCCUCGAGUGCCGCUGAACUUGAAAAUGAGAAAAUAAAGUGAGGGGGGAGAAAGAGGAAGAGUCACAGGUGUUCUGCCACUUGUUGUACAUUCAGUUAUUUUACCCCAAACAAAACACAUGGUUACUUGCAGAGACAAAAAGAUGUUUUUUGUCAUUAUAAAAGGGAGGGGGGGGGGGGGACUAAGUUACUGUUCCUUGUACCUCUUUCUCCCACUGGUUUUCAUUUUCUGUAUUAACUAGUUUUAACAAAUUUUGUGUUUUGUUUUUCCUUACAAAGAGGGCAAAAGUGGCACUGUCUUUAAAAAAAACUUACCAAUGUAAGGAGCUCUCAUAAAGUUGUUGCUGAGUUCCUUAUUCCACAGACAGCUCUGUAUAGUAGCCUAUGUGCCAUAUGGAAGAUGAAAGCUGGGGAGGAUCAGCCACCUGCCCCUCUUUAGCAACAAAAAAAAAAGAAGCUCAGAUCUUUCCAGCAUUUGUAGUUCCCAUUUUCCCAUCCCAUCCCAUUCUUCCAUACAGUGAUAACUUUGUUUGAUUAUGCCUCUUCCUUCAUGCUCAUUGGUUUUGGUGCAAAUGGCAAACUAACACGAGUCACUGAAACAGAUUUUAGUUGACCAUGUGAGGGAGCCAUGAACUUGAAAGAUUAGCGGGCAACUGAACUCUUUGCUUGUUUGUGUGUUAGCGUGUUGGAUUUGAAUUUUAGAAUCAUUACAACCCCUCUGCUCCCGCUGAUUUGUGGUUUAUGGGAAUGCUUAGCCCAGGUUUAACCUGUUUGUGUUUAGUCAGCUUGGCGACUGCCAAACCGCUGUUUGUCCAGCACUCUGAGAAUCGGUGCAACUGCAGAGUCUGUAGUUUGGACAAGCAGGUACCAUGGCUAAGAUCAUCCAUGUUUACUAAACAGUAGCUGAAGAAUGCAGCAAAUAUUGUAGCAACCCAUGAUAGAUUGAGCAUCGGCAGUCAGACAGAGCUCUGGUGGUAGUUUGCCAGGAAACAUAAAGGGCAACAAAGCAAUGAAAGAUUCUGUAAUCUUAAACAGUAACAGUUAUGAGGGUUGGUCAUGUUUGUACAUUUGUCAUUUUCAGUAAAUAAUUUGCAAUAAAAUUCUAAUCAUGUGUUGUACAGUUCAAACAAAAGACCUAUUUUUCUGCUUUCUGUUCCACAGCCUAAUCCAAUAGUCAUUCCUCAUUUAUCAUGAAUCACCACUCAAAACUUACCGACAUGCAGUUCAGCUCUGCUCUGUCAGUGGAGCCAGAGCAGACAACAUAGCCUUUUUGAUUUAUGUAGCAAUCUAAUUGGGAUUGAAAGAAGUGGCUGUCUUUCAGAGGGAAAUAUGCAGCUCUGCAUCAAGGGUUUAUCAGAGCUGAUCGGACAUGCAUCAUUUUGUCCAUUUCCAUCUUGUGUACAUCAGCGGCUGUUUGUGGUUGUAACGCUGUAAAACCAGACACCUGCAAAUUUUCUCCCUUCCAUACACUCGGCACCUUUUCAGACAUAUUUUAAAAUCCAUCCCCAUUUUUCCCUCUCCCCCUCCUCACCCACUGGGACCCCUCCCCACACCCAGCCUCAGCUCCCUCAAAUCUGUCACGUCUCCAUCCGUCUCUCCACCUCUUUUCCUCUCCGUCCAACUCCACCCAUCCCUCUGCAGUCCCCAGGCUGUCACAGCAGCUAGUCACGUGUGUCAGUCACAGCUGGCCCACCUGCUGCUAUGUGCAAACACACCCAAACACACACACACUCACACUUUUUAACGUACACACCUGCCUGUCAGACGUAGUCCACAGGAGACAGGAAGAAGAGGCCUUGUCUUAGAUUCUGAACAUCUUUAAUUUAAACGUGGUGUCAGUCAGACGGAUGUUUGUCGCCUGGUGUUUUGGCGUCACGCUCUGCAAACUGGCAGCUCAAUUAAUUUGUUGGGAAGGAAAGGGGGGGUGGUGGGUGGGAGAAGAAGAAGACAACAGAGGGAAGGAGACUACUCCCUGUUCCCAGCAUUCCUCCAAUGCGUUAACCUUGAUUCCAGAUAAAUAAUCCCGCCUCCACCCAAAAACACUGCAGAUAUGUACUGAGUUUCAACUGUGCAUAUUACGCCAUGCCUUCCUCACUUAUUUACAAGCAAUAUUUGAAUACCAUUGAUAACAUCACAAAACAAAAAAACAUAUUGCAGGCAUGGCAGCAUCUAGAGUCAGAGCAGCAGGAAAGGCAGCUGCCAUUUUCUGAUUCAAAAUCCUGCACAAACCAACACUCCUUCAGGAAAACAGCAAAACCUUUCUUACUGUAUUUAAUAACCUGUAGGGAGGAGCGCUCAGUUUAAAUGCACCAUUUAACCUUAAUAUUGGAUAGCUGAAAUUCUCUGGGUUCAGCAGGUUGAAACCAGAGAUUAAACUUCAAAUGAGGUUGUGAAAAAAAUUGCUGGCCUGGAUGGGAACCAUUCUUUUCGGUCUCUAUGCAUAAAACAUCCAUUAGUCUGUUAUCAGCCCCGGGGUCCAGCCAGCAGCUGUGCCUCCGGCUGCAGAGCAGGACUCAUCUCUGCUCAUCAUCUCUCUCUCUCUCUCUCAUCAUUGUUGAUUUGAAUAGUGCACUCUAGGGCUCUGCUAAUUCUACUUUCAUAUUUCUGUUCACAGAAUCAUUUACCUAAAUGCUCUUUGGGUCCUGGGUAACUGUUGUUCUCUUUUUCUUCUUUAUGUAGUUAGGUAUCAUUUUGUGAGGGCAAAGUCCUUUCAUUUUCUUGUUAGGGUUUCUGGGAACAAAGAUAAACUUUGCAUUCAGAUGAAUACCAACUAAUAUCCAUUAAAUGCUUCUGUUUCUGAGCACACUAUCGUACUAGCCAAGGUCUGCUCUGAUACAUUCCAGUACAGUAUAUAUAUUUUUCUAGUGUAUGCCCCACCAAGAAGCUGCUCGCAGGCUUUUCUCUGCAGUCUGGCCCUCUCACAGAAACAAGUACCCUUCCUACUCCUAUGUGAGUGUGUGUAUGCAUGCGUGUGAAUUUACUGUAUGGCAAAAAUGUUCUUGGAGGCACAAAGGAGGAAUCGUAACAGCAUUGGCACGACCCUAUAUAUAUGCUAGUUAUUUAAACUGAUUAGAAUAGUAUGCUAGCUUAGUGACAUAUUUAAGAAAAAAAAAACUGAAACUUUGAUGGCUUUGAAACGUUAUUUAUAUUUGGUGUAAAAAGCAUAUUCGUGCCCCCUCAAAUGGCCUUAAACUCCAUCUUUGCAUUAACGUGAAUUGUUAUUCAUUGUGUUUUGUUUCGUUUUUUGGGACCACUACUAGGCAAAAUGUAAACCAAGAUUAUUUUCAAAAGAAGUUUUUUUUUUUCCUGGUGUAUUCUUGUUGGCUUUAGAGAGUACAAAAUUAAAAGCUGCAACUAUGACGCAAUGUCCAGUGGUCCGUUUGUAUGUCUUAGAAUGCCACUGUAAAUUUUAGAUUACAUUGAACAGAAUAAACACCAUGCUGGAAGAUUCA